CUGCUCGCUGCCCCUGACCGCGUUGCUGGUUUAGAAAUGGAACCGCUGGUACGGUAAUUCCUGGGUUUGCCUGCGGGACGGGGCAGGCGCCACAUGGAACCAGCGCCGUGGAGAUGUGCAGUGCUUCUAAAAGCUUGUAGAAUGGAACUUCUGGAUAAAACAAUCAACAGCUACCUUGAUGUUUGGCUUGGACCCAGAGACCCCAGAGUAAAAGGAUGGCUGCUUCUGGAGAACUAUACACCUACCUUUAUCUUCUCAGUCUUGUACUUACUAAUUGUAUGGCUGGGACCAAAGUACAUGAGGAAUAAGCAACCAUUCUCGUGCAGGGGUAUUCUAGUGGUCUACAACCUUGGACUUACACUGCUUUCUCUGUAUAUGUUUUAUGAGCUGGUGACGGGAGUAUGGGAAGGAGGAUACAAUUUCUUCUGUCAGGAUACGCACAGCGGAGGAGAAGCUGAUAUGAAGAUCAUACGUGUCCUCUGGUGGUACUAUUUCUCCAAACUCAUUGAGUUCAUGGAUACCUUCUUUUUCAUUUUGCGGAAAAAUAAUCAUCAGAUCACUGUACUGCAUGUCUACCACCAUGCAACGAUGCUGAACAUUUGGUGGUUUGUUAUGAACUGGGUGCCUUGUGGUCACUCUUACUUUGGUGCCACACUGAACAGCUUUAUCCACGUCCUCAUGUACUCCUACUAUGGAUUGUCUGCUGUUCCAGCAAUGCGUCCUUAUCUGUGGUGGAAGAAGUACAUCACUCAGGGGCAGCUGACUCAGUUUGUCCUGACAAUCUUCCAGACCAGCUGUGGUGUUGUUUGGCCAUGUGCAUUUCCUCAGGGGUGGCUGUAUUUCCAGAUUUCUUAUAUGAUUUCUUUGAUUAUCCUCUUCACAAAUUUCUACAUUCAGACCUACAACAAGAAGGCAUCCUCGAGGAGGAAAGAGUAUCAGAAUGGCUCUACGGCCACUGUGAAUGGGUACACAAACAGCUUUUCUUCCCUUGAGAACAAUGUGAAACAAAGGAAACAAAGGAAGGAUUGAAGGCCAAACUGAAAAACCAUUUUGAUAACCCCAACAACGAAAUCAUCUGAUUGUAAGCACAAUAAGAGUUGUGCACUAAUACUCUAAUGGCUACUGUAACUAUUCCUGCCUAGAAUAGUGUGAUUUAUGUAGGACUUAACCAGUGCAAACACCCUAGAAACUGUAUACAGAACAUAAAAGUAGGUUAAAGUUUAAAAAUAAUUCUGGGCUGUCACUGACCCCGCUAUAGACUGUGGAAGGGAGUAUUAUUGUAGUAUCCGACACUGCUGUUGCCUUACUAGUCAAUAUGAUAGGUGCUGAAUUAUGAUUCACGAUUUGAAAACACUGUAAUCUAAACCUCCUUUUUUUUUUACUGUAGAUCAUGCAUGUGAUUGUAGAGGUAAUUUGUACGAUGCUGGUUUCAGUAGAUAAACACACAUGCCUUAAAUUAAAAAGCAGGGCCCAAAGCUUAUUACUGGUUUAAAAGUUAGGGUAUGUUUCAACUUUUCAGUUGACUGACUUUUUAUUAAAAAGUCAUUUGGAAGAAUCCAUUGAUCAUUUUACCGUUCUGUAUGUGAUACACGAUGUUACAUAUCUGUUACGCGAUACAGUGAAAUUGGAAAUGGUGCAUUUAAUUUUGUGUAUUUGGCUUUAACUGACUAAACAGUCACGAACCAGAUGACUAGUUAUUUUACCUUUUUAAUAGGUAUUAUUUUUUGUUUGAAGUAUGUCACUAAUGUAAAAUUAAUUGGCGCUUACACAGUCCAAUAAGACUUAAAUAUUGUCUCUAAGGUUUAGAGUAUAUACAGGGUAAAUCCAUCUUUUCUUUUCUCUUUUUUCUUUUUUUUCCCCCCUUUAUUUCUCGGAAUUCUUAAAUGCUAAAUGAAGAGUGGUUUUUAAUAUGGAAACUGGCAGAAUUUCAAGUGUUGUUACCAUAGCCAUAUCCGCAUCUUAGGAGCUACUGUUUAAAUCUGUGACAUAUCCAAAAGCGUAUUUAAAAACGAAGACAGAUGCUUUUCUGAUGGAAUUGUCUGUAUUUUUGGUAUCUGUACUCUUCAUGUAGCGUAUGUUCGUUUUUAAAAAUGUGCCUAACACAAACAUGUUUUUUCCAAACAAGCAAAAUUAAACAGUCUUAAGUCAUA